AUGUCUUCAACACGCAGAUCUCCUUCAACAUUUACGCGCCCUGUGCUUCCUCCAUCAACGACAAGUGCGCCCCCCGCGCUCGCAAACCCCCUUUCCACCACUUCGUCGUCGUCCUCCUCCUCCUUCCCCACCACUGUCAGUUCUUCGGAGUCUGCAAGCAUAACUCAUCGGCCAUUCAAGUUUGGCGUCGAGUUUGAAUUCAUACUCCGACCCAAGGCUAUUGCUGAGCUAGAUUCCGACCUCACUCUCCCUGAAUCUGACGCCAGUAAUUCCGAUGACAAACGGGACUAUUCGCAUUGGAAUGCCACUCUGGACGGUUGGGUGUCCAAGAAGCAUAUCCUGGAUGGAUUUUACCCUGUCGAAGUCAUUUCCCCGAUCAUUAUUGCAAAUGAAAAAUGGCGUUCCACCGUCGACAAGUUCUGGUCUGUUAUGCAAAGCCACUUCACUUUUCGUCGCGAUGCCUCCUGUGGCUUCCAUCUCCACGGGUCACCGGGCUUACGUAGGGCGCUGCAUGUCAUCAACAAUGCCGAUCGUGACACACUGGUCAACUAUAUGUGUCCGGAUAAGUGCCGUGCUUGGAACUUCUUGCCAGCCAAGGACACAGGCCAUGGAAGCGUCGAAUUCCGAAGACCUCCUGGCGUGGUCAAUUCCAAGAAGAGCAAACACUGGAUUGCAUUCGCCAUGGCUUUUAUUGAAAUGGCAAUGCAGCAAGGUACAUCCAUCGAACAGCUCGGCAAUCAGCGUCCAGCUAGACAAGAUAACUUCGAUGCUCUGCUUCUUGGUGCGGCUCGGUCGAUUGACGAAUAUGCGACUCUAGAUGCGAGGCUCUAUCAGUCAGAUGAGCCGACAUCCCUCCAUAUCACCAUGAUGAAUGAUCAACAGCUCGGGUACUUAUUACGAAUCGACAAGGACUAUCUAGUCAAUGCUGGGAUCUGA